GGUGCCCUGUGCGGGCCCUGCGCCCGGGGUUCUAGACCAUGCGGGAAACCCUCCCACUAGGCAUAAAUAGGCCUUGCUCACCGCAACAGGAUUGCAAGGAAGUCAGGACCUCGAGGCCAAAGAAGAUUAUUGCGUUCUAGCACUUCGCUCCAGGCCAUCUUGCCCUACAGGCAGAUCCCCUCGUCACACCUCUUCGGUGAACCUUGAUUGAGCCGCCAUGGGCUCGCGCGUGAACAGCGACGUAGGUGCGUUCGACUGGGGCCCUUUGGCGACGAAAUGCCCCGUUUGCAGGGUUAAAGAUGGACUGCUCGUUUGCGGCGGAUGCAAAGUCGUGCACUACUGCGGCGCCGCCCACCAGGCCGACCACCGACCCACGCACAAGUCAGCCUGUGUCGCCAUCAAGAAGACCCGGGCCAAACUUGAGGAAGAGGAAGCUACCCUGCGCGCCAAUCCGGGCGACAACUUCAGUAUGCCGGCAGACGUCUUCAACAACGGCGUGGGGGCCUUCUGGGGUAUUUUGGACACGCGAGACUACAUGCGAGCACGGUUCGCCGCCGCCGACGCACUCCUUCAAGUCCAAACUGUCUCGGCCGUCGAGAAAGCUCUGGCCCACUUUACCGACAUGCUGCGCCUGUGCCGAAGCGACAACCUCGGUGUGCGGGACAUCGUCCCUGGCCUGCUGCUGCGUCUCGGUCGCGAGCAAGAGUGCUACGACUUCAUCAAGUGGUGGGCCACUAUCAACGACGAAGACCGCUACAAUGGAGACUAUGAUUGGGGCAACUACGAGCUGCCUCACCUUGACCUCCACGGAGAGGACCCCUUCGAAGCCAUCGACAGGGUCGCCGCAGGGAGUCUCAGCCAUGUCGUUAUUCUCACUCUACUGAAGCUGCGUCUCAUUCUCGAUCUUGAACGGUUUGAGAAUGGCUUGGGUGAGUGGGAUCGUCCUCUGGGAAGCCUCGUGCAAAAGAGGGUGAGAUCACGCAGCCGCUCCGCCAUCUCGACUAAAGAAUUGCGGAAGCAAUACCAGAAGCUUCUUCGCAUCGUCCAUGAUCACAACUCGCACUUUUGGGAAAUGCUGGUCGGCGGCGAGACCCCUGUGAUGCAACAAGUGUACACCAAUGGCAGUGUGGAGGAGGCCCACCUGGCUCUCUAUCAAUGCCUGCCUGCCUGGGAGGAGAGCGAGGACGCUAUCGUCAUGCUCGAUGCGGAUACCGUACAAUUGGUCACCCGCCCAGCCCCCAGUCCUGAUAUUGGCGAUGGCGAUGGCGACUCUCUAUGGGCAGGUCUAGAAAACCUGAAGAUUACGAAACCCCAGUCCGCUACUGAAUACGCUUUUCCGUUCAUAUUUCAGGCUCCAACGCCAACGAUCGGUCCAGCCGACCUCUUUCCACCAACUCGUAUCGGGCCCAAUCAGAUCGUGCGAUUCGUCUGUCAAAUUGACCCAAGCAUGGCCCUUGCGUAUGCCGAUGGCGCGUGUUCGAACAACGGGCAACCGGAACCCCGGGGAGGGUGGGCGGUCAUUCUUGCUCCGCCGGCUAAUGGUGGUGUCCUGUCUGGUCGGCUCGAGGACAGUCAAGACAAAGCAGCGACAAGCAACCGAGCUGAACUGCGGGCGGCGGUCGCCGCCCUUCGACUGCGCAACUGGGAGGGCUUGGGUCUCAAGUGCAUUGUGAUUGCGACCGACUCGACCUAUAUUGUCAAUGGCGCCACCAAAUGGGCCAAGACUUGGGUAACUAACGGGUGGAAGACGCGUGCCGGCGCUGACGCCAAGAACAAAGACUUGUGGGAGCUCUUGCUCAGCGAGGUUGGGAAGUGCAAAGCCAACGGACUCCGUGUUGACCUCUGGAGCAUCGGGAGAGAGCUCAACAGUGAUGCCGACGCAGCAGCAAAGCAGGCUGCCAGCACCGAGGUCACCAGUAUCACCGAGGCCUUGCCCAGCGACGUCAUCUCCGAUACAGACCCCUAUAUCCUUGCACUCUGCUUUGAUUACGAGGAGCUGUUCGACAACGUUUUCAAGAGCCUCGUGUCAAAACUCGCCGCGAAAGCCAAGAUGGUGCGGGCUACGACCCCAAACGCCGCUCUUGCCCAACUCAAGCAACAACCACUUCCUUCCAUCAUUCUCGUGGCCGAUGGGGCCAUAACACGCGAGAAGAAGGUACGGGAACGCGUCAUAGAUCUUCUCCGUGACGGCGCCACCGUUGUGUUGGCGGGUUGUUUCAGCAACAUGGUGAGCGAGGGUCAGUUCACUCGCUUCUUCACCGAAAUUGGUCUUCCCUGGAGCCGAGGAGGCUACGGCCGCGAGGAUGUCAGCUUGCACCGGCAUGUACUCGACAGCCGUCUGGCCAGCCGCCUCCCUUCGUCGUACUCCCAGAGAGCUCUCUUUGCGAAGAACGUGGCCCCGUCUGCGGCAUGGUACACCGUGGAUGGGAAUAGGAGCGAGGCUGCAGUCGCGUUUGCGAAAGUGGGCGCGGGCCAUCUCGGCUACAUUGGGGAUGUGAAUGGAGAGGAAUCGUCGGACACCGUGGUUUUGGCCAUGUGCGGCCUUUUGGGCUGAUGGAGCACGGCACCGGCCAUUGUUGGGGUUAUAUGCCCGUGGUGAUUUCUGGCAAGGGCUAGUUUGUCAGGACGUGUUUGCUCGGAUGGACUUUCAGGGGCUCUCAUUCAUGUACGGCCCACGUGAGAUUUCUUACCUUUGCUCGGCCCUUGAUCGGAUCUCGAGGGACCUGCUCACCCUAAUUAUCAUUCUGGGGGCUGCGUUACAGCUGACUGAGGAUCGCUUUAUAUAGCCGAGUGGCCCAAGAUAAUCAAGGGGUGUAGAUAAGGGGGUACAACAGAGAGGCCAAAUGUAGAGGCUGACUGGGAUAUCUUAGCUAAGAAUCUGACUCUGAGCUACCUGA